ACCCCAAGGUUGAUGACGAAAUCUCCCGAAAUACCAAGAAGAGUUUCCGCUUUCACUUUCUGGUUCUACGAAAUGCUUUGAUCUUUUGCCUCUCUACAACACCAGCCCGUUAAUCCAAACCAAGCUCUUACAAAGUUAUUCUGGUUCAUUUUAUCAAAAUAAGAAAUGGCAUCGAUCAUCGAAAACGUGUUAAAAGCUACUGUUGGUUUGCUUUUCAAGAAGUGCCUAGAUUUGGUAGUGGACAGUCUGCCAGAAGGCGACGUAGCAGAACAAAAAUUUCGAAACAUGAUCGUGCGUGAAAUCGACGAUACCAAGUCGAAGCUGGAUGGACUGGCAAGAAAAGAUCUACUGACAAGUAUUAGCCUCUUUAAGGAAGGAAUUGUGCUCCUGUAUAAAGUGCUGGAUAUUAAAUACAGUUGUAAGAAGGGUACAGCCACUGAACAAGGAGCAGUCACACGAGGAUCAAGGGAAGGAACUUCACAACUCAGUUUGCAAUCAUUUGAAACUGAGGUAAAAGUUUCGCUUGCAAUGGACAUGGGAAGCUUGGAUGCCUCUGCCAAAAGAACGCUUGCUGAUGCAAAGAAACGGUUUGAUGAAGCUAGGAUGAAAGCAACAGAGGCGUUCAAUAACGUCGCUCUCAGCGCGUCUGAUCGCGUUUUAGCCAUGCAAUAUCGCGUGAUGUCUACGAUACUGGAGAAGAUUGACAAUCCCAAGGAGGCAAUAGCAACCUGCAAAUUGUGCUUGAAGAAUUACACUCCAUGCCAGCCGUUAAAAGUAGUUUUCAAGUUGAGAGUACAGGAGGCUUUUUGUCUUGGUUCAAGAAAAAUGAACGGGCACAGAUUACUCAGUCCGUUCGUGAUACGAAUAGUGUAGUAUUCCGAGUCACAAAAGUGGCUGACGGAGUUCUUAGCAGAGAAGUGGAAGCGUGGCCUCGCAUAAAGAUCCGGGAACAAAAUGUUAAUCUCGCCGUACCAAAAGGUGACAACUGUUCCAUUCCCAUGUACUUCCAUUGUCGUAUGGACAGGAAGGAGAAGAGGAACAGAAGCUGACAUGGCCACAAAGCAUCACAACAAACACUACAGGUCAAUUUAUUGUGGCAGAUAACAAUCGCAUCAAAGUCUUCGAUUGCAAUGGAAAGUUCCUGUUCUCUUUCUGUGCUACGACGGAAGUCGAAGAUAUUAUAAAGGACGUACAUGUAGCUACCGACAAUGUGUUUGUACUGACCAUCUCUUACAAAAGAUUUAGGUUUCCUUCAUCAAAAGUAACUGUGUAUGAUGAAGAAGGUCACCUGUACCAGUCGUCUGAUGUCUGGCCAAAUUCUAGUGGAAUUUCAGUGACAGUGAACGAAAACCAGAGAGUCUUUGUGUUGCUGAGGCAGGGUUUAGUUCGCCUCCGCACCCCGUACACAGUAGAAGUGUGUGAAGCCGAUGGUCAGCAUGUGAGAAGCUUCAGUUUUAAGCCAUUAGUAGGAGAGCCAGCAUGCAUCACCAGUGCCGGUGGCAAUCACGUCAUAGUUUUAUUCACUGAGGUAACAAACAUUCAUAUUCACAUUUAUGACGAGGAGGGCAACUUUUUGAAUCACGUCAGUCAUGGUCUCUUUUUCUCUAUGGUGCAAAUUGGAGCAAUCGCGUUCCAUCUGUCAACAGAACACAUUAUUAUCCCCUUAAUACGCCGUGAUGAUACCGUGAAUAUUGAAGUACUUACAAAAAAUGGCAUGCCUGUACAUACUGUGCACCUCGAAACAGAGGAGAUCGACUCUUUAUCAGGAAUAGCGGUAACCACGGAGGGACGCAUCGCGGUACUUUGUACCACAAAAGAAAGUCAGAGAAACAGCGAGAAACACCUGGUACUUGUUGUUUGAGGAAAGCGGACACAAGCAAGGGAGGGUUGGUUUUUCUCCCCGUUAACUGAGAGGAGAAAUCGAUACUCGAGACAAUAAUUGCCAACGAGACAGGCGAGCGAAAACGCGAGCCUGUCGAGGCGGCAGGAUAUAGAGCCGUGCGUAGUUUGAUGGCCAUGCAGAAAAAAUCUCAGAUCUUUCAGCUCGAUUUUCGUGUAAUCCGGUUCCGUCAGUGAUAUAUUUUUGGCCAUAUUAGGAUGUAGCCGGAAGUUGUCGAUAUAUCGCACAAACCAAUCAGAACACUAUUUUUCUUUGUGACGUUACGAGGCUUCGAUAUUUGUUCAGCUCCCCUGCGUGCGGAACUAUUUUGCCUACCAUUCUACUUUUUGAGGCGUAUACAUCUUGGAUUUGUUGUGAUUGAAUCGUACAAUUUUUAAAGCUCAACAAGACCCGAGUUGUUUUUUGGAAUGAAUGCGAGUGUUGCUUAAUUGAUUCAGAGUAACGCUCAGGAUUUGCCAUCCGUUCGACGAAUUAUUUCGGUAAGUAGUUUGUCUGACAUUCUGCUUUUCGCUGUGGCUACAUGUCCAGCAGCCGGACAGGCUUUCUAAAAUACUCUGUGAUCGGCAGUGAGACUUAAUUUAUUUUUUAAAAAAGUAAAACUACGUAACAAGAACGUUAUGAUAGGCGACCCCAAAAGGAAUCGAACUCGAGUCACCAGAUAUCCAUUACCACUGCGCCGGCUGCCGGACAUAGAGACACAGCGUCUGCUUUUUGAAGAUGAAUGUAAAAUAAGUUAGGAAAGGAUCAAUGAGGUGCAUGUAACUUCGAUUUAACGCGUUUUCACGGAGACAAUAGUGUUGAGCAGAGAGCAGUGUAAAACAAGCUUGCAUGUAAUAUGACGAAGACUAUCAAUGUUGUUUGUUUGAUUUGAAUGUGUUUUUAAAGGAUUAUUUGCAAUCAAUUCGGUGAUUCGCGGUAAGAUUUUAAGUGAUUAAUGGCAUAUGUUUGGUAUGAAGUUUCUUUUAAUUUCAAGAACUUUGCCCAGAGGUCGUCAGAAGUGAACUCAUUGGUUCGAUCUGAGCUGUCAACACGUUGAUUGAAAUUUACUCUCAAAGAGCGCUUUCGCUCAAAUAAACACCUGAAUGAGGUUUUCCAAUUAUGCGAUUCAAUCGCAACAAAUCCAAGUUACAUUCACCUUCAAAAAGCAGAAUGUCAGACAAACUACUUACCGAAAUAAUUCGUCAAACGGAUGCGUUACCCUGAAUCAAAUAAACAACACUCGAAUUCAUUCCAGAAAACAACUCGGGUCUUGUUGAGCUUUAACAAUUGUACGAUUCAGUCACAACGUAACAAAUCCAAGAUGUAUACGCCUCAAAAAGCAGAAUGGUAGGCAAAAUAAUCGCCCAACGAGGUCUCGCACGCAGGAUUUUAAAAAUACAAAAAUAUUAAGUGUUUAGCGUUUUGAAAGUGAAGUAUGAUCAUCGCAGUAAAUUUUCCAAUU